AUGGCUACCUCCACUCAGGACGAGAUUUCCCCAGUCCAGAAUCAGGAACCAAGCAAUCAUCCAACAAAGACCACACGCUCAAAAGCCGUUGAAUUUCUGGAAAGACAUGCUAACGAAGAAACUUCUUUUACGUAUGAAGAGGAGAAGGCUGUUCUUCGUCGCAUCGAUAAGCGUGUCCUGCUUCUCCUCUUGUGGGCUUAUUUCUUUCAACAACUGGACAAAAGUACUCUAGGUUAUGUCUCCAUCUUCGGCAUCUCAGAAGAUGCACACCUAGUCGGCAAACAAUACUCCUGGCUGGGAUCAAUCCUCUACCUCGCCCAACUAGUAAUGCAACCACUAGUAGCCCUAAUCCUUGUCAAAUUGCCAAGCGGCAAAGUCCUCGCCAGCGCCAUCUUCUGCUGGGGCUCAGCCCUGACAAUAAUGGCAGCCUGUACAAAUUUCCCAUCUCUCCUGGGCCUGCGAUUUGUCCUUGGGUCAUUUGAAUCCUUCAUUGCCCCAUGUUGUGUGGCCAUAACCCAGAUGUGGUGGCGACGAAGCGAACAAACACUGCGUACGAGUUACUGGAGCGCCAUGAACGGCGUCACCGCAGUCAUCGGCAGUCUGGUCACAUACGGCCUUGGACACGUGCACAGCCAUACCCUCUACCGGUAUCAGACUAUCUUCAUGUUCUGCGGACUGGUGACGGUCGUUUACUCAUUCCUUGUUUUCUGGCUCAUGCCCGACUCGCCCAUGGAAGCUAAGUGUUUGAGUGACCGCGAGAGAGUUAUUGCCACGGAACGCUUGCGCGCAAACCAGAUGGGCAUUUCAACCCAGGUAUGGCGCUGGGAUCAUGUCACAGAGGUGGCGCUUGACCUGAAGACGUGGAUCUGGUUUAUUGCUACAAUUUCUAUCUCGAUUGCAAGUGGUGGUAUCUCAACUUUUGGCUCGCUUAUUGUCAAAUCUUUUGGGUUUACGAGCUUCCAGAGCAUUUUGUUCAAUAUUCCUUUCGGCGUGAUUCAGGUUCUUGCUAUCCUGAUCACUGGAUGGUUGGCCACCUUGACUCAACGCAAAGGCCUCGUAAUCGCCGGUGUCAGUGUGUUGCCUGCUAUCGGGACGAUCCUGAUGCUUACAGUUCCUCGGAAACAAAAAGGUGUUCUCCUCUUUGGUUACUAUCUAGUUUCAACCUUGGCAGCUAUUACUCCGUUGCUAUAUGCAUGGUCAGCACAGAACACCGCCGGUGAAACCAAGAAGAAAUGCACCUCCGGUAUGGUGUUUAUCGCCAUGUGUGCUGGCAAUGUCAUCGGGCCGCUCCUUUACUCUACGGAGGAUGCCCCGUUAUACAGAACCGGUCUGAUCGCCAAUCUCGCCAUGUUCGUGACAGUUGGUGCGGUCUGUGGAUUUACGCCCUUCUACCUGAUGAUCUUGAACAAGAAACAUGAAAAGCGCCGUCUGGAACUUGGAAAGAGUGGCCUAGUAGCUGACAUGUCUAUGCUUGGUAAGGAUCAGUUGAAAAACAGCAAGGCGAUUGAAGUGGAAGACAUUCGGGAUCAGAAAGUCUCUGUGGAGGAGGAUAAUGGUCUUCAUGAUAUGACGGAUCUGAAGAAUGAGGACUUUGUUUACGUUUACUGA